AUGGAGUCGCAGCAGCCACAGCCGCAGCAGCCGCUGCACCAGCUGCCGCUGGGCAUCCCAGCUGCAGUGCUAUGCCCGCCUCUAAUUUGUCCAGAGAUGAGCAGCAGCAGCAGCAGCAGCAGCAGCAGCAGCAGCAGCAGCAGCGACAGCAACGGCGUGCUGGCUGCGCCGGCUGCUGCUGCAGGCGUGGCGGUGGCAGGAGGUGCAGCAGCAGCAGCAGCUGCGGGCCCCGCAGCAGCAGUAGCUGCUUCUCUGGCUGCGGGCGCCGAGCCGGGCGCCGCAGCAGCGGCGCUCCCAGCAGCAGCAGCAGCAGCAGGCGGAGAAGCAGCAGCAGCAGCAGCAGCAGCAGCAGCAGGAUUCAAAGGCGCAGGGCUGCCGCCUUUGGGGGAGGCCGAGCUGGAGACGGACACAGGCCCGUGCAGCAGCAAGCCGUCGGAGGGGGGUUUUGGCUCGGAGCCGUUUGCUGCUGCUGCUGCUGCUGCAGCAGCAGCAGCAGCUGCUGCACCGCCGCCAGUGCUGGGCAGCUCCUGCUGCCUCGCUGCAGCAGGAGACAACGCAGAGAGAGACAACGGGGGGCUGCUGCCAGAAUCCUUCUUCGAUCCUGCUGCUGCUAAUAGUCCUUCUGCUGCUUCGGAUGUGCAGCAGGGGGGCCCCCAGUUGGGGGGUUUUAUAUCUCAUGGGUACAGCGAGACCCCAGCAGCAAACUCUCCCGUGGCAGCAGGGGGCCCCUUUGCUGCUGCUGCUGCUGAGGGGCUCUUUGGCCUUCGCGAGGGGCAGAUCUUCGCGCUGCAGCAGCAGCAGCACCUGCAGCAGCAGCUGCCCGCCGCCAGCCCGCAGCAGGUCCAGCCCUUCCUCCCCGCUGCCGUUGCUGCAGCAGCAGCAGCAGCGGGAAGGAGAGCAGCAGUCAAGAGGGGCCCCUCCCAGGGGCCCUCUUGCUUGGCUGCUCGAAUGAUGGCAGCAGAAAGCAUAAGACAGACGCGGGCGCUCAACGCUGCUGCUGCUGCUGCUGCUGCUGCUGCUGCUGCUCCUGGCGGGGCCGCAGCGGGAGCAGCAGCGGCGGGCUCGAGCUGCAGCGCGGCGUUUCCGAGCUGCGGGCGGCAGCAGCAGCGGCGCGCAGCAGCAGCAGCAGCAGCAGCAGCAGCGGAGGAGCUGCAGGGGAGCGAGGAGGCGGGGAGCGGCGUGGAGGGCGAGGAGGGUGGGGACCCUGCUGCUGCUGCUGCUGCUGCUGCUGCUGGGGGCUCUUCGGCUUCCUCUGCAGCAGCGCAGCAGCAGCAGCAGCGGCUGCGGGGCUCGCGCGCAGCAGCAAAGAGCAGCGUGCGCGUGAGUCGGUUUGCUGCUCUCCGGCGGCGGAAGGAGCGGCGGCAGUGGGGGCUGCGGCGGUCCGGCGCAGCAGCAGCAGCAGCAGGAGCAGCAGCAGCAGCACAAAGUGGUUUGGCUGCAGCGCAGCGACGUCAAGGGUUUGCUGCCGC